UAUGAUAACACCCCCCCUUGUUCUCCUCCAUCUCCUUUUUCAUAAUUCGGCAAAGGAAAGCAAGCAAGAAAAUCAAAACUCAAUAGUCCUCCCGCCAAAAACAAAACGCUCAGAAUGAAAGCUUAUCAAACACCAUCAAAAAAAGAACACUACGCUCGAACUUCUUCUGAUCGCAUAUGCAAGGAUUCUCUGUUGAAGAAGCCUCUAAAGAAUGCCAAGAAAAGCUUGGACGGUGCGUUUAUCUCGGCUACUCAAGGUGUUUCUCCGGAAAUCAGCAAGGAAUCGAGUGAUUUAUCUCCGGUUUCGGAGAUCUCUGAUGCUAAUCAUUGUUGCCAAACAGCAUCGGUAAAUUUCUCCUCGUUUCAUUCAAAUCGUAUCUCCGUGUUAGCUUUAAAUCCAGUUGUUUCAGCUUCAACAGAAAUAUCCUCUCUCCCAGAUAUUACCCCAAAUUCAAACACCAUCACCAUCACUGAUGAUUCGGGCAGUAUUUCUACGGAUUGUUAUGGUGUUAACAAACAAUGCAGCUCGAAGAUCGGUCAAGUGGAGGGACUGGAGGCAGAUAUUGUGGUGAAUCUUCUCAAACAAGCUCGAAUUGAGGUUUCGAAUGCAGAUGUUCAAUCAAAGAAGCUUCUGGAUGCAUUGAUUAAGGUUGUCAUAGAUGACUUUUACACUCUAACGGGAGAGAAAGACUUGACAAAUUGUUUUGUUUGGAUAAAAGGGCGUGUCGUAUGUUUGUGUUUGUUGAUUUGGAGCUUUGCGGUGUCUGGGUUCCUCUUGCUUGAUCUGGGAUUGGGUAGCUCCGGUGGUGGACCGCCGCCUACUUAAACUAUUUAGAGGAAAGGGUAUGAGUUUUGUUUGGCGGGUUUAGUUUUGUUCAUUUAUGAUAUGCCAUUGAACUUCUUUGACUGACCUUACAAUUGUUUGUUACAGAGUAGAGGAUCAAGCUAAUUGGAACCUGUGACUGUAAGGUAUACAGUCUUGUUUUGAAUGGUUGUAUCACUGUGAAUGUCUUCGAUUCAGAAUAUGAUGGAAUAAGGUUCUUUCUCGGAUUCAAAGUUAUCACUUGUAAAUUUUGGAAGGAAUGCCUCUUCAUCUCUUCCCUUUCAAGGUUAUCACUUGUAGAUUUCUGGAUCACUCACGCCAUUUAUUUUUCCUGGAGAGCGUUUCUUUUAAUGCAAAAUCUCCUUGACACUACUGCUGCCAGAGCUCCGUUUGGAGACAUGUAAUCAAAAUAACUUGGCUAUCAAUGCCAAGCCCCUUGUCUCUCAUUUUCUUCUGCUCUUGCUACUUAUUAUCCUCUGCAGUUGCUUCGGCCA